CAGUUUCACCAUCUUUCUUUCAAAAACCAGCAAAAGAAAGAAAGAAGAAGCAACCCUUUAUACCCCACUUUAAGUUACUCAAAAUUUCCGUACUUUUCUUUUUUGCAUGGCAGUAAGUCUAUUGUCACAUGAGUUGUCUGACCUGUGUCUUGGGAAGCCAGCACUAAGGUCACUUUCCAUCACAUCCACCAUUGCUGAAGCUCUUGAGGUCUUGAAAACCUCUGAUGACAACUUUGUUAGUAUCUGGAAUUGUGAUGAUGAUGAGUGUUGUAGUAGAUGUGUAGGCAAAGUUUGCAUUGUGGAUGUGAUUUGUUAUCUUUGCAAAGAUGAAAAUUUGGUAUCACCUUCAAUUGCUUUGAAACAACCAGUUUCUGUACUUUUACCUAAGAUCCCUGGUCUUAUUAUCCAUGUGGAACCAUCUUGCAGCUUGUUAGAAGCAAUUGAUCUUAUACUUGAAGGAGCACAAAACCUUGUGGUACCAAUCAAAACCAAGGUGUUCAACAACAAGAGAUCAAAACAGCAACAAAAGCCAUUUUGUUGGUUAACACAAGAAGAUAUUAUCAGAUUCUUAUUAAGCUCCAUUGGUCUUUUUUCCCCAAUCUCUUCUUUCUCCAUUGACACACUUAACAUAAUCAGCCCCAAUACCCUCACCAUUGAGUAUCACUCACCUGCCUCAGCUGCCAUUGGAGCUAUCUCUAGAGCUUUGGUGGAACAAACCUCAGUGGCUGUUGUUGACAGUGAGAGGACCCUAAUAGGUGAGAUUUCACCUUUCACUUUAGCCUGUUGUGAUGAGACAGUAGCUGCAGCACUCAAGACCUUGUCAUCUAUGGACUUAAUGGCUUACAUUGACUGUGGAGGUCCUCCAGAAGAGCUUGUCAAGGUUGUUUCAGCAAAGUUAAAAGAGAAAAACAUGAAUGGGAUGCUUCAACAUUUCACAGUUUCAAUGUCUUGUGGUGGGUUUUCAUCAUCAUCUUCAUCAGAUGAGGAAUAUUCAUCAUCUUCAAUGGCGGUUCAAGUUUCACCAUUUCCAAGGCCUGGAAGGAUAAGUAGAUCAAUGAGUUAUUCAGCCAGGAUGGUAAGGAGAUCAGAGGCAAUUGUUUGUCAUCCAAAGAGUUCACUAGUUGCAGUGAUGAUUCAAGCUAUUGCUCAUAGGGUGAAUUAUGUUUGGGUUAUAGAAGAAGAUUGUAGCUUGGUUGGGAUUGUCACUUUUUCUGAUAUGUUAAAAGUUGUCCGGGAAAGUUUUGAAACCAUGGCCUGAAAAGGAAAAUGAGAUGAGAAAGUUUUUUUGUUUUUUUAAUAAUUUUUGGCUGAUCAUCUCUGUCGAUGCUAACAAUGCUGAGAGAACUCAGUUGAGGCUGGUAGAGGAAGAAUAAAAAAAUGAAAAAGAUUUGUGUGAAUAUUGGAAUUUUUUUGUUUUGUUUGUUACUGUCAUGUGAGAAUUGAGAUGAUUUGGAGUUUGGUAUUUCA